AUGAAACUCUCUUCCAUCACUUUGUGUCUUGUUAUUUUAGUUUGUCUCAGCUUGUCUGUCUUGGCAGCUCCAUCUCGUCGACACAAACGAAAACAGGCUGUAUCAGGAGGAGAAAACGUUUCAGCCAAUGAAUUCCCACACCUGGUCUCUCUUCAAUACUCUCCUACCGAAGGUAGAGCCCCUCAACACUUUUGUGGUGCAAGUAUCAUCAGCAAACGUUGGUUGAUCACUGCAGGUCACUGUGCAGCUGUUGAUGGAAUGGAUUCAUCCAAAAUAAGAGUUGUUGCUGGAACCAAUAAUAAGGACAAUUGUCAAUCGUCCAACUCUGGAUGCGUUGUAAGAUCGGUCUCUAGAGUUAUUGUCCAUCCAAACUACAACAAGGAUUAUAUCAGAAACGAUUUGGCACUUAUUCAAUUAUCUGCUGAUUUGCCAUUCAGCGAAAACAUUAAACCAAUAGCAUUCGAAGGUGGAAGUAUUCCUUGGGAAACCGUGCUCACUGUUGCUGGUUGGGGUCUGACUACCGAUGGAUCACGAGAUUUACCAACAAUUGCGCAAAAGGGUUAUCUUCCAUUAAGAACAAGCUCUGUAUGCAAUGCACAAGGUCUUGACAUGCAAUCUCCAUGGCAAUUAUGUGCAGGAGAAGGAAGAGGUAUUAACUCAUGCCAAGGUGAUAGCGGUGGUCCAUUAUUCUGGAAGAGACAAUCCACACAAAAUCCUUCAGAUGUUGUCAUGGGUUUAGCCGGUAUGGUUUCUUAUGGUCCACAAGGCUGUGGUCGUCAAGGCUCAUACAGUGUCUACACCAAUGCCACCUACUGGAUUAACUAUGUGAAAAAUUAUGUGAGCGACAUUAAUAUUGUCUACUACUCAAAUCCUACUCCAUCUCCUUCUCCAUCUCCCUCACCUUCUCAGCCUUGUGUUUGUUCACAAAGCGAAGCAAGAACUGACUCGAACAUUACACCUACACCACAACCCAUUCCAGAUGACGGAGCAAAGAAUAACAACACUGACGAGCCAAUACCACCCAAUCAAGAGCCAAAUCUUGCCAAGGUGGAGAUCAAUGCUUCAACCUAG